AAUUGUAAGCGGUGGUUUUAGGGAUUAGAGGGUGAGCUGACGGAAAGGGAACCUGAUUCUCGCUUGCCAUCGCUUUCGUGCAAGUGAUACUGCGUCACGAGCGUCUGAACAAUCCAAGGAAACACGGGAAAAGAGAAAAAGAAAGUGAUCAGUUUGGACCUUAUUAAGAAUAUAGUGCCAGUUCCCUAAAGAAAGCAGGCAAAUAUGGGAGUAAAAUAAAACAACUUAUUUAAUAGUGAAACCCGUGAUGUGAACGUGACCAAUCAAGUCCACUUACGGUGGAACGGAUCUGUCACUCCCAUAGCAGGUUGAAAAAGCAGUCAAACAUUUACACAGAGAAAAUAGAACGGCAAGGGUAAAUUAUUGACGAAUGUCAAUGCAACGUACGACCAAUUUUCUUAAGGAUGACGCACAGAUCCUGUCAGAUGAAAGCGCUUCACACGUAACGGUAGAGGAUGUUCCAGAGAUUGAAGAUGAUCAGCCAAGGAAUCCCUUCACAGAACUGAGAUUACUGUCCUCACAUACAGACAUUGUUCAUUUGUUAACUGUUAUUGAUGACAGAAGGUUUGCAUCAGCUUCUGAUGAUAACCUUGCAGUCAUUUGGGAUGCUAAGAAUGGAAAGCGCCUCAGUGUUUUGAGUGGCCACACCCGGCCCAUUAAGUGCAUGCUCCUCUUACAUCAAAGACAAGAAUACCAGAAUGAAGAAACAGCCAACAUUCUUUUGCUGACUGGUUCAUCAGACAGAACUAUAUUGGUUUGGGAUGUAAAUGAUGGUCAUUGUCUGCACACAAUCUCAGAUCAUUGUGGCACUGUGAAGGUUUGCAUGCUCCUGAUGAUGUCUUUGUACUGGAAAAUAAUGAUUUUUAAAACAUAUAGCUGCUGAAAAAAAAAAAAACACACAGUAUUUACUUGAAACAGUGUUUUCAUAGCCAACCAUGACAUGAAGCAACUAGGAACAUAACUAUUCCUCUACCUGGGAGGUGAUUUUAUCUCUUGGAGUUUCCACUUGGUUAUAUCCGUAAGAGUUUGCAUGCUACUGAGCCAUCAGGCCUUCUCAACAUCUUCCUCCUUCUCUCCCUCCUGAUCAUUAAAAUGACAUGUUUCUCCACCA